AUGUUACCACUGCAGAAUACUUGUUGGGGAGUGCUUAUCGUGAGAAAUGAGUACGAUGAAAGUUGUAAGGGUCAAAAAGGAUUACCCAAUGAACAACCGACUACUCUCGAGGUACAAAUGCAAUGGAUAUAUUUUUUGCCAAUAUUUUCGAGUAAAGAUAUAGUGAUGCAGUUACCGAAUGAGGAAAUAUUAUUUCUUCAAAUUGAUGCACUAUUUCGUAAAACAAUGCAGAAUGUUACGAAGGAUCCUAGAGUUCUCGAAAAUGCCGGUUCUAUAGGAUUGAUGGAAAAUAUGAAAGACGCAAAUAAAUUGAUGGAACAGAUUAACGCAGGUGUACUAAAUUAUCUUGAAAAAAAGAGAUUCUUCUUUCCACGAUUCUUUUUUCUCAGUAAUGAUGAUAUGUUCGAGAUUCUCUCUGAGACCAAAGAGCCGUUUCGUAUUCAACAACAUUUGAAAAAAUGUUUUGAAGGAAUCAAUAGAUUGGGGUUUGACGAAGAUUUACAAAUUUACUCUAUGUUUAGCGAUGAUAAGGAAGAAGUUAUGAUGAGGCAAAUAAUUUCCACAAUAGCAGCACGUGGUUGUGUUGAGAGAUGGCUUAUCCAAGUCGAAAAACAAAUGUCGAAAUCAGUGCGAAAAGAAAUUUAUUUAAGCUAUUUGGACUAUGAAACAAACGAACGAAAUAUUUGGAUACGUAUUUGGCCUGGUAUGGUUGUUUUAUGCGUUUCGCAAAUAUAUUGGAGUCUUGAAGUGCAAAAUUGUUUAGUUGAUCACGCUACAUUUGCAUUAGAAGUGCUUUAUGAAAAAUUGAAGUCUCAGAUCUUGAAACUAAUUGACUUAGUGAGAGGUCAGUUGUCCAAACAAAAUCGAACAACGCUAAAUGCUCUUAUUACUAUCGAUGUACACAAUAUGGAUGUUGUCAAAUCUCUCAUUAAAAAACAAAGUAAUAAUGAAAUGGAUUUCGAAUGGUUAGCGCAACUUCGUUAUUAUUGGGAAGAUGAUGUUUACGUCAGAAUUAUAUAUUCGACGAUAAAAUAUGCAUAUGAAUACAUCGGUAACUGCUCACGUCUUGUCAUCACGCCUUUGACUGACAGAUGUUAUCGCACAUUGAUUGGUGCAUAUUCCUUGCAUUUAAACGGCGCACCUGAGGGUCCGGCGGGAACUGGUAAAACCGAAACAAUCAAAGACCUUGGCCGAGCUAUCGCUGUGCAAUGCAUAGUCUUCAAUUGUUCCGAAGGUCUUGAUUAUAAGAACAUGGGCAAGUUUUUCAAAGGUCUAGUAUGUUGCGGUGCAUGGUCCUGUUUUGAUGAAUUUAAUCGCAUCGAAGUAGAAGUUCUGUCAGUUGUAGCACAACAAAUUUUGUGUAUAAUACAGGUAGUUCACGCUGGAUCAGAGAUGUUGAUUUUUGAAGAUACUACACUCACAUUAAAUCCAGCUGUUUACAUAUGUAUCACAAUGAAUCCUGGCUACGCUGGUCGUACGGAAUUGCCAGACAAUUUGAAAGUACUAUUUCGCACAGUUGCGAUGAUGGUACCGGACUACGCGAUGAUCGCUGAAAUCUUCCUAUACUCAUCAGGCUUUGAUAAUGCUCGGGAACUUGCUACGAAGAUCGUCAUCACAUACAAACUUUGCUCUGAACAAUUAUCAGUACAAUCGCAUUAUGAUUAUGGUAUGCGAGCUGUCAAGACUGUUCUUUCUGCGGCACAGAAUUUAAAACUGAAGUACCCAAACGAAGAUGAGACUAUUCUUGUACUACGUUCAUUGAUUGAUGUCAAUUUGCCCAAGUUCUUAGCGCGUGACGUGAUACUUUUCCAAGUAUGA